UCCCACCAAUCGGAACGUGCCUACAAGAACUGACGAUUGUAAACAGAACGUACGAUUAGAGCGCGCUUGGUGUUUAGUGCCUGAUGCAAAUUUGGUUUUUCUGUGAGUCGCCAAUGCUAACAUCAUUCUCACGAUGGGGAAACGGGAGUGGUUAUCGAAGGUGUUCAAAGUGCUCGCAUCACUGGCUGCCAUAUGCAAGAGUAACUCUGGAGCCGUGCAAGCCACGACGUUAGGCCUGACGCCUUUUUUGCACCACCGCAUACGGCAAGUGCUCCCCAUAGUUGCACAGCCCCACCGAGACAUUCCGACCAAUUUUUACUUAUCAUCAGUACUCUUGAUGGGGCUUUGUCAGUACUGGACAUGCACAAACAAGGAAUUCUUUUGUGGUCUGUGCAAGUUGAUGAGCGACCCCUUCUGUCUUCCAGCAUUAGUAAAAUGGAGGUGACACGGGAUGGAAUGCCAACACGACUUAUUCCAUCAUUAGAUGGGGCAUGUUCCAGUAUGAUGGAGAGACAAUUGAAGAACUGCCCAUGACUGCAGAAUCUCUUCUGUCAUCAUCUGUUCGUGUCACAGAAAACAGUGUCAUGGUUGGGGGAAAAGAAAUUCAAAGUUAUGGAGUGGAUUUAAACACGGGAAAGAUUCUCUACUCAUGCUCUACUGAAGGAUGCAACAGAGUCAGGAAAAAUGAAGUUAAUGCAGCAGGACAGGAUUUGCUAGUUAUUACCCGGAAUACACAGACUGUGAGAGCUGUUGACAUUCAUUCAGGCUCAGAAAAGUGGAACUUCAGUGUUGGUCAGCAUGAGCUGUUGUUUGUAGGGGGAGUGCAAAAAGAAAAACCACAGAUAGACGUGGAUGGCAGCGAGAGUGACAUCACUAUUGCAACCUGUGAGUCUUCAGAAGAAGAACUGAAGUUCGAAGAAGAGGAACAGAUGAAAAGAUACCUAAAGUUUAUGGUUCCUGAUGGUAAAGUCAUUGGUCUUAAUCCUAAUGACCCCUCACACAUUUCUUGGCAACAUAAGUUUCCCAGUCCUGUGGCCAAAGUAUGGAUGCUUCAUCAAGGGCAUCUUGAGGUUAUGAGUCUCUUUGAUAGCAAGCAUAUUCCUGCUUUGUCCAGCUUCCAGCAUCCUGACCCUUCCUCAUCAGAUCCUCUGUUGUAUGUUGGCAAACAUCAGAACCAGCUGUAUGUGCAGCCAUCAGAUGUGUAUGAAAUGGGGCUGUCUGAGAGACUGCAGCUGUAUCAAAGACCACAAAAGAGGGAGGAACCUGGCUCCAUGGUGCAUCUGCCUCGUGUUACCUGGAAACCAUAUCUUAACACAGCAGGCUUCCGGACACCAACUCUUGGAGGAAACCAGCCACCAGAUACUCCUUUGCUGGAUUAUACAAAUGGUUUUGAUCUAACAGAAGAAGAUGCAGAGCAUGGAACAUCCUUAACCAUAUGGAGUGAACACUAUCCUUUUGACAAUGGGUUCUACCUGUACCCAAACUAUCAUGAUGCAAAAGAGUGCCUAGAUCCAAAUUGGCAGCUUGGUGUCAAACCUGAAGAAGAGAGCUUAAUCAACAUGGCUUCAUUCUGGAUCUGGUGGAAAGAAGUGGUGGUCAUCAGUCUGCUGACCUCUGUCUUUGUGCACAUAAUUCUCACCCGCUGUGUCCAUCACCCAUUAAAGUCAGCGACUGCUGAGGAAAAGACCAGCAGUGGGUCUCUGGUGUCUGAAGACAGCAAGCCUACUCUUGCUGUUGUUCAGCCACCUGCUGACUACCAGUCAAGAUUUGCUACAGACUUUGAGUGUCUGGAAUGUCUGGGCAAAGGUGGAUUUGGAAUUGUGUUCAAGGCAAAAAACAAAGUGGAUGAUCAGCAGUAUGCAGUCAAGAGAAUUUCCUUGCCUAAAAGUGAAGGAGCAAAGGACAAGGUAUUGAGGGAGGUGAAGGCACUGGCUAAGCUGGAGCAUGUGGGCAUUGUGCGUUUUUUCCAUGCCUGGGUUGAAUCCCCACCACCAGGCUGGCAGGAGGAGAAGGACAAAGAGCUAAACACUGGGAGUAGCAGUUGUUUCACUCCAACAUUAGACAGGUCCAUGGUUCCUACUGGCACAGCAGCGAUACCAUCCAGCUCAUGGACUAUAGUUCAAGCACCCAUAGCACUAAAAAAGUGUGCCCAACAAGCUUCUGCCUUCACAGAUAUGUCAUCAUUUGGUGUGGGAGAUUCUGACUUCAGUGUAACAUUCCAAAAAAGUGGAAGUGGAGAAUUCUCAGUGCAUUCCAAUGCUGAAUCUUUCACAGAUGAGAGUGGUUCUUUUAGCAUCAGCACAGAAGAUCAUCCAAACUUUAACUUGAAGGAGAAAAGAGAUUCCUUUCCACAUCUUUCCAAGUGGAAUGGCAAAGAUGGUGGUGCUAGCAAUGGUGCUUUAACUGCUUCGAAAGGAUAUUUGCCUUUCAGUCGUUACAAAGAGAUUAAGGAUAAUCUUGGCUGCUGUGCACAAUCUGUCAGUGGUGAACUAACUUCAUCUAGUAUCGAAGACUCUGGUUGCCGAGGUGAAGAUCACACAGAGCUUACGGAAGACUCAGAGUCUGUUAUUUUUGCAGACAGUAGAAGUGGUGUGAAUCUUUCCAGUGAUGUAAAAGAAGCCACUAGAAAGAGCAAUCCUGUUGAUUUUAGCUUGUCUUCCAAGACUUCCAGUGAGCCUGUGCCAUUAAACUCUUGUAGCUUGCCAGCAUCAAGUAAGAGCCAUGUUCCUCUCCCACGACUGUUUCUGUACAUUCAGAUGCAGUUGUGUCAGCAGGAAACUCUAAAAGACUGGUUGAUGUCUAACACUCUCAACCGAGAUCGUGGCAUAGUGUUGAAUAUUUUUGACCAGAUUGUCUGUGCAGUGGAUUAUGUUCACAGAAGUGGCUUGAUUCACAGAGACUUAAAGCCAUCCAACAUUUUCUUUGCAAUGGAUGGGACUGUCAAAGUAGGAGACUUUGGCCUUGUAACUGCUUUGGCUGAAAAUGUAGAAGAGAAUAACCCCAGUAGCACUUUCACCACAUCAACAAAACACACAGCAGAUGUUGGCACGCAGCUUUAUAUGAGCCCAGAGCAGGUACAAAAGAAGUCAUAUGACCAGAUGGUGGAUGUUUUCUCACUUGGUGUUAUUCUUUUGGAGCUUCUCAUGCCAUUUUCUACAGGCAUGGAACGGAUCACUACAUUGCAAAACGCUCGAAAGGGUAAAUUCCCAGAAAGAUUUUGCAGAGAGCUGCCUGUUGAGAGCACCUUAGUGCAGAGCUUAAUGUCAGAUGACCCCAAAUUAAGACCAACCACACAGAAAAUCCUGGAGCACAAUAUACUACGGGAUUUUUCAUCACGCAGAACAAACGUCCGAAGUCGAACCAUAUCAAGUGGGAGUAGUGAUCCAAAUAGUCCAGUUUGACUUUGAAAGCCAUAGAUCUCAUAUUUAUGUCUCUGCUUUGAUUUUGAAGAUUACAUAUUACUUCCUUCAGAAAACAAGAAUGCUACAAGCGGUACUAAAGAAAGAAGAAUAAGUACAUGUUUUAGUCAGUCCGUAACGUACGUCUGACGUAAGUCAUGAGUUCUGAUUAUUUUGACUGUCUUCUUUGACUUGUGAGUCAUUGUAUUUUUGUAACUACAACGUAUGGGUUGCAUAUAAUUCCAAACUGGUGAUUGUUUUAUUUUUUUUUUUAUUUAGAUAAUCAUAGAGAGGCUGUUGCAAAGCAGAAAAGGCAAGCAUACUCAAAGAUCUGAUUUUGUAAAGCCAGAAAAGAUCAAAGAAACGAGCUGAUUCGUUCUACUGCAACCUUAAAAAUUAGUAUCAUUCCAAGUAUAAAUGUCAGCAGAUGUCUGUAAUUAUAUAACACAGAAGUGUAGAGUGUUUUCUAAUUAUUGAUCCGUUUUUUGUCUUAUUUACCAAUUUUGUAUUUCAGCAUUAAUAAGUUAAAGCCUAAACUCCUUUUGAGAGUGUAUUCAUGAAAAGAAAAGUUACAUAAGUUAAAAUGUCACUUGCUUUCUUUCACAAUAUAAAAUAAUGGUUUCACAAAAAGCACCCAUCGUGUUCAGUGCAAAUAAGCCAUAGUACUACAACGCAUACUGACACAAAUUUUCUGCUGUGAUAUAAUUGUUGUUCAUGGUAUCAUGUGUCUAUGUAACUUGUAACCCAUCAUCAUUUUUCUCAGAAAGGAUGAAUAGGGGACCAAAUUCUCCAACACCCUUCUCACUUCCUAUAAUUUCUUCCCCAAGAUUUCUUCUGUUGUUGCCUUUGUUGAACAUGCCAGCUACUAGUUCUUUGCAUCAAAAGUGGUAACUUUGCAAGGUGAAACUUUAAAUGGCUGAGGAAAGAAAUUUUCACCAUUUAUUUUUAAUGAAAUUUGUUUUAUGGUAUUGAUGAGUAUGCAAGUAUACAAAGCUUGGACGCUUCAUCUUUCACUGGGUUUGGGGGCAUUAUUUUUUUUAUCCGAAGUUCUGUACUCUCAUAAUCUUGGAUUCACUAUUAAAACUGCCAAGUGUAUUAA